CCUUUACAUAUAUGAGCUUUUCAAGAUGAAACCGGAGGAGAGCAUUCAAGAUAUGUAUACAAGAUUGAAUGAUAUAGUCACCAAUCUCAAGGCUCUUGGUAAAGUUUAUCCUUCUCAAGAAGUAGUGAGGAACAUUUUUAGAAGCUUGCCCAAGAAUUGGGAAGCCAAGAAGACCACAAUUGAAGAGUCUAAGGAUCUCAACACCCUCAAGCUUGAAGAUGUCAUUGGAAAAUUGAUGACAUAUGAGAUAGAAGUUCAAGUUGAUGGUGGAGUUGAAAUAUUUGAGAAGAAGAAGAAGAAUGUUGCUUUCAAGGCUAGCAACCAAAAGGAAGAGAGUGAAGAUGAUGCUAGUAAUGAUGAGUCUAGCAAUAAGGAAGACAUCACCAAAUUGAUUUCAAAGGAAGUGAAGAGAUUCAUGAAGAAGAACAUCAAGAGCAAGUUUGCAAAAAGAGAUGAAGGAGAGUCUACCAAAAGGAGUGUGAAAUGUUAUGAGUGUAACAAGAUGGGGCACUAUAGAAAUGAAUGUCCCAAUUUGAAGAAGGGUGAGAAGAAAGGCAAGAAGAGCAUGAAGAAGAAAGCUUUUGCUGCCACUUGGAGUGAUGAUGAGACUAGCUCAACGGAAAGUGAAAGCUCCUUGGAGAAAGGUGUUGCCAAUCUUUGCUUCAUGGCUCAAGAGGAUAGCAACCAUGAUGAGGAGAUAAACUCUAACUUCUCUAGUUCAAUUAAUGAAAAUUCAUUUGAGUAUUUUUAUGAUGAUUUAUGCAAAGUUCUUGAUUGAUCUAUGAAUGACAUUAAGAAACUAGGAAAUGAGAAUAUUGCUCUUACUAAAACCAUUUCAUUGCUUAGGAAUAAGAUUGAAUCUCUCUCAAAACAAAAUGAGGUUUUAGUUAAAGAGAAUGCCUCUUUAAAUGGUGAGAUUGCUUCUUUAAAGAAUGAGGAGUCUAAUAAUGCUUUGAAAAAGGAAAAUGAGGAUUUAAAGAAAGGAAAUGAAGAUUU